AUGUACGCCCCACAAUCAGGCGACGUGCUCCGCGCAGACGCCUUCAGGCACCGAUCUCCGCAAUUCCAAUUCGUCCACGGGAAUAAUGUCCUCCUCAGCAUCGACGUCGACAAGACGGACGAGCCUGAGCUCCAUGCGGCGGUCAGCGCCGCGGCGCGGAAGCUGGAGCGCUUCGGCGUUUCGCUUCUCGAAUAUACAAGCUGGGCGGACGCGGCAGCAGUUCCUGCUGGCCGCUACGUCCUCUACUGUGAGCUCAGCUCCGCCGGCGGGAUGGCGGUUCCGACGUCGUCCUUGGAGGAUUGCUGCAUUUCGGUGGAGGAGUCUCUGAACUCGAUUUGUCUCAUUGCCAGCGGCACCUUCGACGCCCUCAUGGACGACGCGCUCAGCAGGGGAGCUUCGGUGAACCACUACAAGUCCCCCCAGUGCGUCUCCUCCAAGACGAAGGUGGAGCUCCUCGACGGAUGGGUGAACGCCCGCUACGUCAGCCCUCGCUGCCCCAAGCAGUGA